AAUGACAUUCCAAAUGUAAACAAUGUGAGCUUUUGCCAACUUUUCAAACUUUAUAAUCCUCUUUUCCAGAAGAGCCGGUGAACAUGCAAUGACACAAUGACGUCGACGGACACUUACCAAUUGAAAUGGCACUCACACAGUUCACAUUUGAACGGCUCCGUUGCGUCCUUGCUCCGGUCGGAGCGCUUCACGGAUGUCGUUCUGUGUACGAUGGACGGAUCGCAUAUUCCCGCGCACAAGUUUAUCCUGAGCUCAUGCAGCGUCUAUCUAGCCAGCGUGUUCGAAGGUCAAAGGUCCGUUACAAGGAUGGGCGGCAUGAUCUACGUGGUUCUACCGUCAGAGAUUUCCACUAAAGCUUUGAAGAUCCUUGUCGAGUAUAUGUAUAAAGGUGAAACCACAGUAUCAAAUGAGGUACUCGACAUAGUUCUGAAAGCAGGCGAAGUUCUCAAGAUCAGAGGACUGUGGCGUCAAUCAGAUGAGGCAGGAGGAGAUUGCAUACCAGCCGAGACACAGGCCCAUGUGACCAACAGGCCUGCUAAAAAGGAUGAAACUCCCAAAAUAACUGUUAAGAAAGAUGAUAAGCUGCUGAAGACAUUUAGUCCUGUUGGUACACAGGUCCAGGGUGUUCCAAGGCCAAUGUUCAUCGGCCCACCCAAGCUGGUUUUCAUCAAGACAUCUGAUGGUACGACGCAGGCGACGCUUCGCCCCGGCGGAACCAAAGGCCAGACUAUACUGGUCGCACAAGCACAACCAUCCACUGAAACUACGAGUACAUCAGCAGCAGCUACUGUAACAUCAGCUUCUACUUCCACUACUACAGCCACGGUCACAGUAGCAGAUGACUCCCCGGACGAAUCUCCCACCCCACGUUUGACCGUUCGCCACACCGUCGAGCGCAAGUAUGGCAAGAGGCAGAAAACGGACAGCGCAGAGACAACUGAGGCGAAGGAAACUGAUGAGGCAGAUAAUGCAUCAGUGAGCUCAAAAAAGUCUCUACGCCGCAGUAGCGACGCCACCACGGAGGUCAACGUUAAGACGGAACCGGAAUGGGAUGCGAGCAGCAUUGAAGAGGAGGAGCGAUCGAUCGCCGAAAUGUUCCAGGCCGAAAUGAGCGUCAAGUCUGAACCCAUAGACGAUACCAUGGAGAUCGAUGAAGACAGCUUGUUGUACAGCCCGCUGGCCUGUGAGCUAUGCGCGGAAGUGUUCACGGUGCCCGCCUCCUGGGUGCGACACGUGCAGAAACACGCGCGCGACCAGUCGGACAGCCAUGCGAGACGACGCAAGGAUCGCUCCGCGAGCGAUGACACAGAAGAGACAAUGGCGUUACUAAAAUGCGAUUUGUGUCAGAAACACUUCCCGAAUCCCGCUGAGUGGGUACGACAUAUACAAAGCACGCACACUGAAACUGAAUUGGCCUUAUCAAACAACAGUGCCCCACCAAAACGUCACAAUCGUUUCACAGAGGGCGCGCAAAACAAGACUUGCCCGCACUGCAAGAAAACAUUCCCGUCACACGCCUCUAUGCUCAUACAUAUGCGUACACAUACAGUCCGCACGUAUAAAUCAGGCGAGCGUCCGUUCGUUUGCGGUCUCUGCAACAAGGGCUUCAACGUGAAGUCGAACCUCUUGCGUCAUCUGCGCACUCUGCAUGACCAGGAGAUCAGCCCCGCCAGGCCAGACGAUGAUGACGAGGCGGGCGCGUCCGUGGCGCGCGCCACACCAACGCCGCCGCCGCAGGAGCCAAAGCGCGAGUCUUGAGGGCGCGGAGGGCGGACAGGUAGGGGCCGCGGCCGGCCACGCCGCGCGGCGUACGGCAACAGUGGCACGCGAGAGCCGCGCGACGCCGCCGCCGCGAACUCGUUGCGCAAGCAGAGCUACUCGCUAUUCCUUAAGCAACGUGCUGUGCUCUUCUCCGCCAAGAAGUGGAAAUAGUAUCGACCGCGCCCGCUCGCCAGGCAACCCCGCCCGCACACUGAUCGAUAGGCUGAAUCCCUGACAUCUAUUGUUAACACACUGGACCGAUUGGUUCUGUACCUGCGGAAUAUACAGGGUUCAAUAAAAAAUAUUAGAAAGCGCUCGACCUUGUAUUAACAAUCAAUAAAACUAACAAACUUUUGUUCUACGACUUCUUAAAAUUCAGAAAAUUAAUAAAUCAUUUUAUUUCUGUAAACUUACAUUGUAAACUAACAAUUUCGUGGUUAAUCAACAUUUCUUAAAUAUACUUCAACGGGUACAUACCACGAUAAUAUUUUUGGAUUUGUCGAUAUUUCGACCCAGUUGCAUGGAUCGUGGUCCCGUCGUCAGUCCAUUCCAGUCCAGUAAAAAAAAACUUACACUGUGAAACCAAAUACAUGUGAUUAGACAACGUCGCGUAGUCUGGUCAGUGUCCGCACGAUAUACGAUAUUUUACAUGGAUACUCAUCCAUGUUAAAUGUUGAAUAUCUACUUCUAAAAAACUACUAAAAAAAAAAGGUCGCAGAACAAAAGUUGCUAGUUUCAAUGUCAACAACUACAUGCCGUGAGCUUUCUAGUAUUAUUUAUAUAACUCUGUUCCACCAGACGAGUAUUUACAAAAUGCAGGCACUUUUUUUUAAGAUCAGUAUGAACUCUAGAUGUUAUCAUCUCACUGCAUACACUGUUUGAAAUAACUACAUUCAGUCCACAAUAUAAUGGCGAUAGAAUUUUCAAUAUAUCUAUCCCUCAACUUUGUUUUAAUAAUUGUACCCCAUAGAAUAAAUUUAGUGUUUCUGUGUACUUGAUACUUAAAAUAGCAUCCCCAUGUAGCGAUUGUAAUAGUUACUUCAAAAUGUUAUUCAUGAAAAUACGAAAAUAAAUUAAUGUUUUUUAAAUGGCAGCGGGCACGAGGUCGACUAAUAAAAUUCCUGUCCACCCUCCUUUUAAACUUUUUUAUUAUAAUAAGUACUUAAUUUUAACUCUUAUAAUUAUUUUUAAUUAUAGAAACCCUUAGUCUCUAAGUCCACUGGAUAGUCAUAAGAUAAAAAUACAUAUUUUAAUAUAUUAUUGUGAUCUUGGAAAUGUCUAGUCUUGCAUUUAAUUAAUUAUAAUUUUUUAAGUGAUAAAAAAUUGUUCCAUUUUAAUUUAUGAAGAAUUUAUUUUAAGUUUUAUUUUAAGACAGCGUCUGAAUAAUAUUCCAAAGUUAUGAUUGCGUUACAAUUGAAUGUAUGGUUUUAUUCGAGACGCGAUAGCUGAAUUUAUAUUUAAAUGUUUUUUUUGCCGUUUUAAGGCCGUUGCUAGUAACUCUAACGAUGAAGAUGUGCCGCCAAGCGAUUUUGCGUUCCUACGCGACUAGGGGUAUAAGGUUUGAUAAAACUAUAACAAGCCGAAAAAACAAAAAAAAACAAUGUAGCAUAACUAUAUCCCGCCAAUCGUGAGCUGGCACUUAUUAAGAGCAAAAGUCGCAUAAAGAGGGUCUCUGACACCAUGUCGAGGAUAACUGGGAAGGAGUGCCAAACAAUAAAAUAAAAAAAAACUACAAGCCAAAAAUAAUUAGCCCGCUACCAUCCUAGCUACUUCUCACUAUGGCUUACUUGUAGUAAUAAGCAUAAAACAAUAAAAAAAACAUAGAUACUUUUCAACUUUAGUGACGCGACUAAAAUCAUAUAACAUAAUUUCAUAUUAUCAAAACUACCAUAAAUAAUAUUAAAGUGUUAAAAAACGUUUAGGCCAAUUUGACUCUUAAUAUAACUUAUUAUUUGGCCUGAAUAAUAUAGAACUUCAUAAUAUCUUUAGUAAAUGUUAUCCCUUUUACUCACGCUUUGUUUUGUCUUCGAUUUUAAUAGGUUAAGAAAAGAUCUCAAUGUUACAUAAUAUAACCUACCAUGCAGUCUAGUCUUACAUAUAGGUAGUAAUGUAACGCAGAAAUACUUGCGCUUUGUAAAACCUAGUUCUAAGUGUAAAACAAAAAUAGUUUAAGAAAUAUGGUACUCUAUAUCAUCAAAAGAUUUGUUUGAAUUAAUGAUCUUUUUUGAGUCAUCCUUUUCAACACGCAAGAUUAUAAAAGGAUGUAAUUACUCUAACGUCCGAUUUACACCUGUUUCGUAAUUAAGUGAAUCUUUAAUUUAAAAUUGAUACGUUUAAAAGUAUUAUUUAGUAAAGGUAUACAGUUACUCAAGAUGGCCUAGGGCUGGGUCACUUUAUCUGAGAAUCGUUUUAAGUCAGAUUUCGCGUUUCAAUAUUAAACGUUAUUAAGACUUUAUCAAGCGACGCAUUUACAAUUUAAGAAAUUUGUCACGGCGCCCGCUCUAGUUAAAGUUAAAAAAUAAAACUAAAUUCAUUUAUAUGUGAUCGAAUAUAUAAAUAUACCCCAGCAACCAAUAUAACCUAUGCGCCUACUAAUGCAGUUUACUAAAUCGUAUAUGUCCAAGCGCGUCAAGUGAUAAGCCAUGCCUACCUUCUAAAGCAUAAACGGAAAAAAGACCAAAUUCUCGUUUUUCUAGUUCUCACUAAAUCGGUUGUUUACAUAUUUUGAAUCACUAAAUAUUAAUUUAACAGGUGAAAAUCGGACUUUAGACCUUUCUAUUUAGUUUAAGAUUUGAGUUUAUUAGGAUAACCAUUGUGUAGCUAUUUCAUAAUAGAUCUUUUUACAAGCUUUAUAUCUACCAACAAAAUUACUUUUAGUGUUAAUGAGUCUGAAUCAAUAGAGAUUAGUGCUUAUCCCCAAACUUGCGAUUGUCUUUUUCGUGACUUUUUCUAGCUGUAUAAUAUUUCAAGUCAUUGCUAACGUAUGUAUAUUGGUGAUUGCACAGAACAUUACAGAAGUGCACUCAGUGCAAUUUUCAUAUAUUGAAAUUUAAAAAAAAAACUGACGUUAACCUUAGUCGCCUGGUUUAAAAGUUGAGUUCGACACUUCUAGCGAAAUGUUUGUAAAAUAAAAACCAGUGCAGUAAUGUACUGCACUGCACGGUAAUGCCUUGAUACUAAUAAUCUGCGCUGAUCUGCUGCUGUAAUGUGCGAACAGCAUUAAUAAUUAAAUAAUAAACACGCACUGUACAACCUUUUUCAUUAUUUAAUAAGGUUUUGACAUUUUUAAAGAUUCUAAACAUUCCAAUUGUGUUAGAAGUGAUUUUUUUGUGUUCAGUCGUAGAAAUUAUAAUUCUAUAUUCUUUCAUUCCAAUACUCAUGUUAAACAUAAGUAAAUAAUUAAAUAAUAACAGGUCAUAAGUUUUAUGUA